UCCUUUUCAGUAUCAAUCUCGUGGCCAACCACAUUUGCGGUGGCUCUGCUUCCGGACAGUCUAGCUCCACCUCCGACUUCACCGACUAACAGGUGCUUUAUUUAUUUUUUGUUCUUGUUGUUGUUUGUUGGCUAGAUACAUACAGCCAUGUUGGAAGAAGUGUCACUGAAACUUCUGGUGAACACAGAUACAAACAAAGUCGUAUUUGCCGAGGCAGGGAAAGAUUUUGUCGAUGUUCUAUGUAGCUUCUUAACCUUACCAUUAGGAACCAUCGUAAGGCUUCUGCAGAAUGACAACACAAACAUGAAACCCGUUAAAAUUGGUUGUCUGGAUUCGCUCUAUCAAAGUGUGGAAAAUCUUAAUGUAGAUUGUCUUAACACAAGGACAUGCAAGAAAAUGUUGUUAUAUUCAAGGAACUCGUCAGAAGAAUACUGCAACACUCUUAAGCUUAACAUCGACGAUACUACCGAUCCCACAAGGGACUUCUUUAUGUGUUCUAAUUUGGCUGACUGUAAGUAUAGCUUGUUGAGCAGUUUUAGAAAUCAAAGAUGUGAAUGCGGGAGUCUUUUGGGUCGUCCGGUUUUAGUGAAAAGUGACCAAGUCUACAAUGGAUUUGUUAAGGAUGGUCCAGUUUUUAUAGUAACUGAUGAUCUAAGUGUGUUUCCUAACUCGGUGGAUACAGUCUUUGAUCUUCUCAAGACUUUAGGAAUACCAUGCACACAUUCAUUAAAGGAAAUGUUUGUGAACAUCACUUAUAUGCAGGUGUUGGAUCUGUUGAAGUAUUCUUUGUUGUCUAAAUCGUCUUUGACUAAUUUGUUCUUACGAAAGGAACCAGUCCUUGAAGAGACAAGUUUUUCGACUUAUGAUGUUCCAAACAAUUGUAGAAACCGAAUCAAGUUGAAACUAUUUUUGAGAGAAAAAGACAAUGAGAUAUUGUUUGCUCAAGGGGAGGAAGAUUUUGCUGACUUUGUCUUUAGUUUUCUUACUUUUCCUUUAGGAGGAGUUGUGCGCAUGUUAGGAGGAAAUUCUUCUCUUGGCAGCAUAGAUUCUUUAUACAAGACCAUACUUGAUUUGGAUGGAUACAAAUAUUUGGUUUCUAGUGAAGUAAAGAACAGACUUGUUGAUCCUUGCAUUGCCCCGCAAUUCAAAUUAAGCAAGCAGAUAUUGCAAAUUUAUGAACCGCCCGCUUCUUCGUAUUAUUGUUAUCGUCAACGUAGUUUCAGAGAAAGUAUCAUUCAUGAUUAAUUCUCUAUAACUUCUGGAUUUAGGGUAUUUAAUAUCCUAAAUGAGACUUGUACAAAGUUGAGUUUACUUGAUCCCAAAUCAUCUAAGGGAGCUCAAGAAGGUUAUGUCAAAGGACCUGCGCUGUUCAUGGUUACAAAUGAUUUGGUGGUAGAACCAAUGUCUCCUAUUUCGGCUUUAUUGCUACUCAAUCGUUUAGAAACUCCUCCUAGUGAAGUGACCGAAAAGGUUGUCUACAUUGAUGUCAAGGAGGGUCUCAACAUAUUGAAAGCAGCUUUGACAUCAAAUUCAAAAUCAGCUUUAAGAAAUGGUCUCAGCCACCUUCUAACCCAAGCUAAGUAGGAGAAGUGGUAUUGGUUUUAGGACCUAAUAGAAAAAAAAGUCUUAUUUAAAAGUUGUGUAUUUGAACCACGUUGCAAUAUUGUGUUUUGGCUAGUUCUUUUGAUUGCAGCACUACUAUGUAUGAAGUUUAUUAAAGUUUUGGCUAGUUCUUUUGAAUGCAGCACUACUAUGUAUGAAGUUUAUCAAAGCUCAUAGUUAAC